AUGCCCCUGACCGAAAAUGUACGCCUCCUAAACGAGCCUUGGAAUCCAGUCUUAACCCUCGAGGCAGGCUUAAUACAGGUCGCUAAAUUUGAACACGAUGUCGCCAACUAUGCCUCUACACUCGCCCGCAGACCCGGCACCGCCCCGUCGAAUCAGCCUCUGCCAGACUCCCAAGCUACCUCUCUCGAAGAAGACCUCCGCGGCACGGGACAUCCGUUUGAAGAGGUGGUACAAGGCCAAACAUGCUUGCUUUGGGCGCGCUGGGUAGGCGCCCACAAAUCGGACCGCAAGAUUCCCGCUGUUACAUUCGAACCCUUACGAACCGCAGCAGAUGCCAUUUCAACAUGGACAAAGAUCUGCGUGGUCAAGACGGUUUACAUCAAAGGGAUGUUCUUAGCACAAGCCGGGAAUGGCAAAGAGGCAAAUGAACUACUUGGCUCUCUACUUCCUUGGCUAGAUGCCAACAGGAGCAUGGUUGUUUCUACUCCUCAACUCCUUUACUGGGCACAACAACUACUCGGACGGGUUGCAUUAGGCCAGAGCUCGUCAGUGACAGAAUCUACGGACACCAUUACUCCCGAGUCAGCCUCGUUCAGACUCCAAGCCUUCCGUCACUGGGCCGUGCUCGCGGUUAAGGACCAGGAGAUUUCGGCAUCGACUUAUGGUAAUGGCCCGGGACAUUUGUCAAAGCUCGACAUGUGGAGAGCUUACUAUAGGUUCAUGUCCAGUAUUCUGCAAAACAGACAAGGAAUGGCGAACCACCUCCCCAUUGGACACUCUGACUUGGCGAUCGAGUUGAGGAGGGUAGAGACAUCUUAUGAGAACGAGCUCUUGCGAAACGUUCAAUUUCCCAAGGCUACUGAGUCCAACGCAAUCAUAGAGACCUGGGUGGAAGAAUUUAUUCUCAACUGGCAGAUUCUUUGCGGACCCAAUUGGUCUGACUCGGACUUGGGAGAAGGUGGUCGCAAUUCGUGUGGCAGAAAUGUGCUCGACAUGCUUUAUCGAGCUGCCACAAAGUCAUUUCACUCUACCCUUAUCUUACGCCGCUUGUUUCAAGUGCAUAAAGCCUUGACGGACUUUGGCUUGGCUUACAAGGCUUUGGACACCUAUAUUGAGCUUAUGGAACGAGCGCGGACUAGGGCUGCCAAGUCUGAAACUGCAGCAACCAGCAGAGACAGUGAUGAGGUCUUUAUGAAAACCAUUGCUGAAGGUAUUGAAGGCCUGUGCUCCUUUGGCCGCUACGCUGAGGCGGAAAAGGCACAUGAGCUGUGUGAUAAGCUCGAAGAUCUCCUGGACGAACUCGAACCGCCAGCCACAAGUUCUGUUCCCAAUGGCUUCGCAUCGAGAAGCAACGCAGUUGUCAACGGGGAAGGGCCGGUCACCCCCACUUUGUCCGCCGACUUGCUGGAGGCUGCCUACCGAGCCAUUGGCAUAGGAAAAGCCCAGUGGGCUCGGUGGACACCUUUCAGUGAGGAACGGACCAACCUUCAGACCACGGCCAUUGAAUGUUUACAGACGGCGGCAGCACAAGAUCUCCCUUCUGAAAAGCUACUACCAUCCCUGUAUGCACUAAGUCAAUUGCUCGCGCAGACGCGAGACAUUGAUCAGGCGAUCGCAACUGUGAAGAGAGCGCUGGCCUGGGAGACAGACAAGCUCGAGCAACACGAUAACUAUAGCAUACAACGGCAACUGCUGCCAUUCUGGCACUUGUUAUCCCUCCUGCUCACUUCCCGACACAACUUUGAGACAGCAAGCCAAAGUUGCGUGGCAGCCUUUGAGCAAUUUUCGCCACCAGAGACAAUCUUCGGCGACUUCUCCAAUGGUGCGUCGAUUGGUGGAAGAUCAGCUAGUGGGAGUCGCAAACUUGGAUUGGUGGAUGAUAUGGAGUGUGACGAGUUACAAAAAAUCAUCGAGAUUCGCAUCACUGAACUCGCAUUGACAGAGCUGAUCGAAGGUCCAGAGCAUGCGGUCAACAACAGCAACGACUUGCUUGCAUUGUACUCCCGGCUGUUUGGACGGUAUGGAGUGAUCGCUUUCAGCGAAGAAACGUCGAGAAAACGAUCAAUCCAGCCACCUAAAAGCUCGGGUGGCACAGUCAGGAGUCUUCCGGGCAAGCUGUUCCAUCGAAAGAGAUUGGGAAGGUCGAGUGAAUCAUCCAAAGGAGUGCCGAUCAAUAUCGCUCCGUCGAUAACGGAAGAAGUGCGGCCCAGUACUCAGGCGACCCAAACCACCCAAGCGCCGACUAUCCAGGUAAUCAAUGAAGACGGAAAACCGUCACCGCAUAAGCACAAAAUAUUUCAUAUCCAUGAGCAUGGUAAGGAAGGGAAGCGUCACUCUUCAGCACCUGUAUCCACAAAGGGUCUAAGGUCAAGGCGGUCCAGGUCACUGAGUCGAGGGAGAAAGGAGCCAAGUCAUGCCUCAAGUACGAGACAGUCUUUCGAAACUUCGCAGGAUACAGUCCCUACCCCAGAGGCGCUGACAGGUGCUGGCCAACCCGAGCAACGGCCCCAGUUAGAAACCAUAAAAUCCGGCGAUGUUCCAGAGGUGCCUGUGUCUCCAGACCACGAUGCGAGCGAAGGAGCCAAACAACCCCUCAAGGAGAUACCGCACAACUUGACAUCGCAUGAGAAAGUGCCACUUCCAGCGCAGCACCAAGAUCAACCGCCACAGCAAGAUGUGCGGCUGCCAGUCGUGGGGCCGGGGACAUUGCGGACGGACCCUACACCUCGGUUCCCGCGCACUGCAUCUCAGAGACACGCCCUGAGUAUACUGGUCAAAAUAUGGCUGAUUAUUGCAACACUCUACCGAAGAGGAAACAUGUUUGACGACUCACGGGAAGCUUGCGAUGAGGCAGCUAAAGUGGCAUUGAAGAUUGAGGGCAUGGUUGCCGGCGUGGAAAGUUCGGCACGCGCCUUCGGUGACAGCGGAUGGGGCGGCGGAGGGAAAAGCUCAGACGAGCUUUGGGCUGACGUGUACUGUGAGCGAGCAGAACUGCUAAUGGCUAUUGCCCGAGCUCGCGAAGAGAAGGAAGGCACUGUCUUCUCUGAAGGGAUCCGCGAGGCGGUGGACAACUAUGAGCAAUGUCUGAUGUACUUUGCCGACCAUCCGGGAGGGAUCGUGGGUUUGAGUAAUGUGCUCCUGGACUACUACGAACGCAAAGUAGAACUGGCCCGGCGAAUCGACAAUGGCAGGCCAAGGACAGAAGAGCCACAGCAGCCACAACCCCAGGAUGAACCAAGUCGGCCAAAGCACAAACGCGAAUGGAGCCGAAUCUCUACGGGCGCCGCCACCAACGGCUGGUUCGAGAUGGAUGGUCCAGCUGCGAAUACAAGCACCUCUGUGGGGACGUCCAACACUCCGUCGCCAAGAGAAGAGGAUCUUAAGAAGACGCCGGACAACCUCAACAGAUUGGCAGCUCGUGAUCGGGCAUAUGGACUGCUGUCAACACUGACGAAAUUAGGUUUGGGUUGGGACAACUCAGAAGCAUGGUUUGCGCUGGCCAGAGCGCAUGAACUGGGCGGCGAGGUGGACAGAGCCAGGGAGAUUCUCUGGUGGUGCGUCGAGUUGGAAGAUACACGGCCUAUUCGACACUGGGGAAAUAUUGGAUGUGGAGGGUACGUCCUCUGA